AUGUACGUAGCUGUAAUUCGUGAUUCCUUGGGUGAUUGGCUUGAUGUGGCUCGAGGGAUCUCUAAUCUUUUGAUUGAAAUGGAUUCAGUGCUUGUUGUGCAUCUCAUGAAAAUUCCUGAUGCUAUUGGAGGUCAUCCUCUUGCUGGUGGUUGUGAUCUUCAACAUGUCCAUCGGGAGCGGAAUUGCUUGGCAGAUUGUCUUGCUAAUGGCAGCUAUAAUUUGGACAUAGGCUUGCGUUGGUUUGGUCUCUAG